AUAUAACGUGCAUGCUGGUUACGCAGACCGCAACUCUAGCAAAUCUUCCCAAUUUUGCACCCAAUAACCUCUCAAUUCCAUCCCUUUUCUGUUUCUCAAUUUCCCAUUCCCAUCCAUCUACAAGAAAUUUCAAUUGUUUUUUUGAUAUUUCAACACCAAGAAAUUUUAUUCAUUUCAUUCAAUUUUUUGGCAAUUUCCAUUACGCGUCAUGAAAAGGUAUUUCUUUAACACCGCCCAAAAUGAAGAACCGCCGCAAUCGCCGCCGUCUCACCAACAGCAUCGCAAACCUAUUUAUAACCAUCAAUCGGCCAUGACGGAGGAGAAAAGACAACCGCCGUUGACGGCCGUUGUGGACGCUUUUGAGGAGCUGGCAAAGCAUUUGAAAUCUAUACGAGAUGAUCAUAAUAAUAAUAUCAACGGUGCAGAUCUUCGGUUGGAUACGUUUUGUGAUGCCUGUUCUUUGGUUUCUAUUUUCUUUAAUUGCCUCGGCCUCGCUUUCAAAUUUGCCGAGUCUGAAUAUGUCGCAAAGGUCUGUAAUCUUAUGGAUGCCUCAAAGAUGCACAAUAGUUUAAAAAAGGUGCUUGAUUUGGAUGUUGAAAAUAAUACGGUUAGAACACCGAGAAGCUAUUCGCGUGAUUUGAGGCGAGUGAGGCAGGGUCUUGAUCUUAUUCGAGCUUUAUUUGAACAAUUUUUAUCGACACAUGAUUACUCUUUAAAAGACGCAGCUACUUCAGCUUAUUCUCAAGUUUGUGCUCCGUUUCAUACAUGGGCGGUCAGGACUGCUGUUUAUGCCGGAAUGUAUACUCUUCCGACGAGGGACCAACUUCUGAUGAGGCUCAAUGAAACUGAUCAGUCAGCGGAGAAGAAGAUGAGAAGAUACAUCAACGCCUCAAUUCCAGUAAUAAAUUACAUAGAUAACCUUUACAUUUCCAGGAAUAUCAGCUUGGACUGGUGAUUUCGCCUGCCGGCUCGGUUUGUUGUAUUUGAAUAGCAGCUGCAGUUUCUAUAGCUGCAAUUUGUACUAGCUUGUAGUUCAAUUCUGUCAUUCUAGCAUCUUCCUCACUGUUGCUACAGAUUAGCAAUGGAUUUGCACAUAAGAAUAUAACCUUAACACUAAUCAAUAAACUCAUUCUUUUUGUUUA